AUCCUUCAGUUACUUGCUGCUCAGCACAGCAGCAGCGAAGGCACAGCAAGAGAUAAGGAUGGAUGUUAAAUGCUAAUGCGUGCAUGUUUUUCUCCUUUUAAUAUAUCUAUUUAGGUCUCAGGUGCACUGAGACCAUUGUACUUUAAGAAACGUGAUGAUUGACGACUUCGAAACCCAUGCGGUCCGAUCUAGUGGAGAUCUGUGGACUGAGAUCUGCUCCAGUCUGCCAGAGCCUCAGGAACAGGAUGUGGGACUAUUUACAGACUCAUUUGAGCCUUCCUCUCCAGGAAACCCUCAGACAAACUCUCCCAGAGCUUCUUUCAGCCCAUGGGAACCAAUGGCUGACUCUGAGGUUUACAUUGCCAGUUUAGAAAAUCGAUUAAAGAGGAUCAAGGGACAGUCGAAUGACAUAACAUCAAGAGAAAUGCUCCGUUCCUUGUCCCAGGCUAAAAAGGAGUGCUGGGAUCGAUUCCUUCAUGAUGCCCAAACCUCAGAACUGUUCCAGGAAGGGAGCUUCGAUCAGAGUGCUCUGGAGCAGUUCAAGCGCUGGCUGUCUCCUGAAAGGGUGGCCAUCAAUGCAGAAGAGCUGGAGUACCUUCUCUUACCCACACAGAACAGCGAGGCUCCUGCCAGCUCAACCCAAACUGACAAGCCAAGUGAGGAGGAUGAGUGCCCAAACCCAGAGAAAUAACCUUAUCACAGCAAUAACCUGUUUGCUGUGCUGACCAGCAGUGCUAGGGGAAGUAUAUGGGGUCUUGUUGUGGACAGCAACUAAAUAUUGUGAUCCAUUAAAAGGAUUAGUUCACUUCCAGUAUAAAAAAAUUCCUGAUAAUUUACUCCCCCCCCCCCCCCCCAUGUCAUCCAAGAUGUUUAUUUCUUUCUGAUUUAGUCACAAAGAAAUUAAGGUUUUUUUAAGGUAAAAAAAAAAGCCUUUAUGUCUUUGUGAAUGAAGAAACUGACAUCUUCGAUGACAUGGGGGCGAGUAAAUUAUCAGUUUUUUUUUAUUUAUUCUGAAAGUGAAGUAAUCCUUUAAUGGGAACAUUUGAUACGCAUUUAAAUCAAGGUUUCCUUGGUUGCGCAUGCCUCUCAAUCUGGUUUCAACUCUAGAUUCAUUUUUGUAUCCUCAUAUUUUCAUAACUGAAAGAAAUGUGAAUUUAAAAAAAUAAAAACUUUCUUUGAUAAAAUUGACUUGCCAAGGAGCAUGCUCUGCAAAAGCAGAAAUCUGAUUUGAUAGAGAAGUACAAGCAUAAUCUAAACCCAGUCCAAACUUGACUACAUGUUAUCAUAGAGCAUUCAACAUGUAUUUUCAAAUGAAUUUAAUUAUGUUGAUUAAUGUUUUUUUUUUGUUGCUACUGUCCUGUACUGUUGUCAUACACUAAUUAAAACAUACACGGACAAUACAUUUAUAAAAAAAAUUCAUGCAUAUUUAUAUGAUAUGAUAAUGUAAUAUCUGUCAUGUAUGUGAACAUUCCUCUGAAGUCAAACAUGUAGGUCAGUGCAGUGGAAAAGAUGACCACUAAAUUAAACAUUAGUAGAGAAUGUUAAGUGUAAUGUGCCUAUUGUCUCUAAACAUGUUAGUAACUAUACUUAAUUCUGAAAAGACAAUAAAAGCUAUGAAGGAGCUAUAA